CUCAUAGGCAUUUAUAACCUCAACGUUCAAAAUACAAACGUUUGCUCCUUAAGUUUUGAGAUGCAAUAAAACAAAGUUAUAUCAAGAUGAAUAAAGCAGCAUCAUUGUUAAUUAUCAACGAUUCUAAUAUCAACACAGGAAUUGUUCACAAGGAACACAAAGUAAUAAACUCUGGACUUUAUUGGCAUAAAAUAUUUGUACAAAAUGCAACAAAAUACAGCCGAGAGUUUGUCCUCCGGACAAUUAUGAAUGCUGUGCAUCCACUUGACUUCAUUCCAGUAUCUUAUGCUAUCGAAAAUGACUAUGCUACAUUUAUGCUCAAGAAUUGUGGACCUUCAAUCACCAAAAUGUGUUUAUUAAAUCUUACAAUACCUCAUCCAGAUGAGCAAAAAAAAUUACCUCCAUUUAAAUUAACAAUUAAAUUGAACCAUGCUGAAGCAUCAGAGUUCAAAGUGGAGAUUCAAAACAAUAUCAUGAGUGUGCUGCAGAGAAGAUACAAUACACAAUCGAAAGUGCUCAAUUUAGAGUAUUUUAUAAAAGAUCCAGAACUUCAGGAGUUUUGUCCUCUCUCACAACCCAAACUGCUUUACUUUGUGCUCUAUUUAAGUAAAGAUUUUCCAUUUCAACAAUUGAAAUUGAAUGGAAAUGAAUUGGAGACUUUAACAUCCAUUCAAGCUUUACACAAUUCACCAGCUGGUAAAGCAUUAUCAGUGCUUGAUUUAAGGAGGAAUAAUAUUUCAAAAGGUGAUGAACUUGAAAGUGUAAAGGGAUUUAAUAUCACUGAAAUACAUCUGAGUAGUAAUCCAUUAACUCAAAAUUUGUCUGAGUGUGACUAUGUUAAACUCAUAAAAAGUUAUUGGCCACAAAUAAAGAAAAUUGAUAAUAGGGAUGUACCUGAAAUUGGCGUGUUAGCAAUGAAGAGAAACUAUGUAUGUGAUCCAAUGGGUGUGAAUUUUGUCGAUCAUUUUCUUGAACAUUAUUUCACACUUUACGAUUCGCAAAAUCGCGAAUUGCUUAAAAAUAUGUACCAUAAACAUUCACUGUUUUCUAUUACGUCGAAUUAUUUAACUGGUGGUGGUGAUGUUUCGUCCAGUAGUCGAUUAUUCGUCUAUAAGCAAUUUAGCCACAAUUUAAAGACAUUAUCGGACUUGUCUAAAGGCCAUGAGUUUAUUUUUUAUGGUCCUACAAAUAUUGGUAAUUUGUUGAAGAUGUUACCGGAGACGGAACAUGAUCCAUGUUCAUUUACUGUUGAUUUAUUACAGUUGUCAGAAAAAUCUGCGACAAUUGUAAUUACAGGUGUUUUUAAAGAACCUGGACAAAGUCUUUUAGAAACAGAAUACUUUUAUAAUUUCACAAGGACUUUUAUUCUGGUGUCAUCCAACAAUUUGGAGUUUACAAUUGCUAAUGAAAUGUUGCACGUGACAAACGCGACGGUAAAUCAACAAGCAGCCGCUUUCAAAGUGGUAAAAAUUGCACGUUCGGCUAGUACCAUCCCCCAAGCAAAAACACAGAGCGAAAAGGCCGAAAUGGUUGCCGCAUUUGUUGCAUUGACGAAUUUAGUCCCCAAAUGGGCUUUGAAAUGUUUAAAGGAAGCUGAAUUUAAUUUACAAACUGCGUUACUUUUAUUUAAAGAUCUAUUCAAGGCUGAUAAAUUACCAGCUAUUGCUUUCGAUUUCAGCAAUUUGGAACAAGAUAUGCCAACUCCUGUUGCGCCACCAGUCUUACAACAACAACGCAUUGAAGAGAUAAAACCAAUGUUACAACCAGUUCAGAAGGUUAUUCAGAUUAACCCUGUACCUUGUCCGGUUCCACACCAACAAGAACAAAUAAUAACCCCGAUAGUUUCGAAACAAACGCAGAAAAAACAAAAAACCUUGGGUAAAACUCUUACUAACGUACAAAUUCUUAAGGACACAAUUAUACCGAAACAGCAAAAGGCAUCUAAUAAACCCAAAGCGAAUACAAAACCCCUAAACACGCAAGUACAAGAAUCAACAGAUAAAGCUUUUGAAUUAACAGGAUCAACUUUCGUCGCGAAUAAACCAAGUCAAUUAAAAGGUAUUACCAUAAAUUUACAGAAGAAUAAACAGAUUAUGAGUUCCACACAAGCGACUGAAAAUAAAGAAAGCAUUGAUACAAAUAUCGGUGAUUUACGGAUGUAUGUAAAAGAUGAAAUUAUUUUAAAAGUACUUGACAUGAAACCAGAAACUCCUUUGGAUGUAGUCAAGAAGAAUUUAGACGAAGCUUGUCAACAAGUACUUAAACAAUAUACACUGGCGCUGAAGUAUUACAAAGCCAUCGGGAGAGAAUUCUAUAGAUUUCAGUUGUAUUCGGAUGGACGGACAUUUUUAACUAAUGCAAUGGCAACCGUUCCAAAGAAAAUGGGUGAACAACUUUAUUGUGUUUUCACACUGUUUGAAAUCCAAUAUGGCGAGCAAAAUGUCGCCGAGAAUAUGAUUCUCAUAAUCGCUGAGUCAUUCGAAAUCAAUAACGCCGCCAUAUUUUUAAGUAAAGAUUUGCCUCGGACUAAUGUCGGAUUUGCACGAAAAGUAUUCGGCAUGAUAGCCGCUUCCGACUUGGAAAAAGACAAGAAAGAUGUUUUACUUAAAGCGCAUAUUGAGUUUGAAAAAGUAUUCGGCAAUGUUGAGACGUUGAAACAUGCGCAGAACGUUUAUCAAGAUUGCUGCGUUGCUGAAAAACCAGUGGCAAAGUUACCGCAGCCUGAAAAAGCACCGGAAAUUACUGAGGUUAUUAAAACUCCAACGCCAGUUGAACCAGAAGUGAUUGUAUUGGAAGAUGUGAAAGAAGUACCUGUAACAACAACUUCUAAACCAAUGUCUACAUCUUCACAGAAUGACAAUGUGAUACAUAUAAUAGACGAUAGUGAAACUGAAAUAACUUUUGAUGAAUUUAGGACCCGUCUUCUAAUGAUUGCUGAUAUAAUGCCUCCCAAAGUGAUUGACAGUGAAAUAGAUCAAUUUCUUAAGUUGACUGAUACUCAAGAGAUAGAAAGAAUUGGUCAUGAUCUAUUAAGAAAAUAUUCGACCGAUGUUUAUGUGGUUCGACUCGUAUGCAAACAUUGGGCAGACUGUGGAAUGCUCACGAAGGUUAUUCAAAUACUUCACAACAUUAAACUGUGUUUCGCUCGUGAGAAUGACAACAACGCAAUAAAUGCGUUGAUAUGUUACAUGAAAGUGCGUGAAUGCAUUGAAAGUAAGCGUUUCGUCGAAGCGAAAAGCCAACUUGUGCAAAAACUUAUGUUCAGUUCUCAUGUAAACAUGAUUCAAAUCAUUGAAGAUUUAAUUCAGGACGCGUGUAGUAAACCGGACGUCGUUGAGUUUUUGCAGUCAAUGUUUAUACACGUUCUUGGUCCGAAGAAGACAAAUAUUAAACGGAAUAAAAUUAAACUCUUCGCUCUACUGUAUGUGGGAUUUUGCAAACGAUUCAAUUUACCAGAUGGUGAUGUGGAAUAUCAGAAGUACUUCUCGCAAUUGAAUCAUUUUCAUCCUGAAGACAUUGCUGAACUUGACGAGAUCAAGGAACGUCGCAGUAAGUAUGAGACUACAAAACGGUUGCCUAAUGAAUUGGUGCGACCGACUAGUGCCCACAAAACUGACACUUUGGUGAAUCGAAUGGAAGAAAUGCGCAUGUAUUAUUAUCUUGGUAAUUUAUCAAUGGCGCAUAAGAUACGAAAUAUUGCGAUACAUUUGGACUACUCUGCUUUGGAAAAGAAUCGAAUGCACUUAGCUGGUGCGUAUUAUGAAGCAUUGUAUGGCUCACCGUCAAUUGCUAUAACGCAAAUGAAGAAAUGUGCGGAUGAUUCUAUUAAUGCGCAUUGUAUAUGGUUGGUGUGUUUACAUAAAUGCAAAAUGGACGAAUUGGUGAAAAAAGAAACCAACAAGUUGUUUGGUCAUUUAUUCAUGAUGAUCAAUCCGUAUUCCCAGGAAUUGAUUUUCAGGUAUUAUAAGGAACUGAUUAAAAUGGAAUUGGACAUUUUUCAUCCACGAUUUCAAAUCAAGUUGAAUAAUUAAAA